AGAAGUUUGAGGUAUGUUUCUCUGUUUGCUUGUACAUGUGUUGCUGUUCUUCUCCUCUAGUAGUGGUACAUCUUCAAUGGCCUUGAAUGGCACCUUGCCUGGCUGCAAGGACAAGUGCGGCAACUUCACUAUCCCCUACCCAUUCGGCCUCUCUGACGGCUGCCACCUCCCCGGCUUCAAUAUCACAUGCAACGACACCAACAAUAAUAUUCCACCAAAGCUCUUCGUUGAUAACGGCAACAUCGAGAUUUUUAAUAUCACAGAUGAGGUUAUUGUCAUCGAUUUUGUUGGUGCAGCUAAUUAUGGUCCUUAUGGAUGUGAUUAUCGCACUACCACGGGGUUCGCUCUUAGUUAUACUUGGAGCCACCUUGCUGAUGAUCGAUAUCCCUACACAUUCUCUCAAGACAGAAACAUGUUCACUGCCAUCGGCUGCAGCAUGAUGGCCACCUUCUACGAUGGCCUGAUUCCUAAUUCCUCCAUCAGUGGCUGUAUCUCUGUGUGCCGUGACAAGUCCCGCAUCACUGACGGGCAAUGCUUUGGAAAUGGAUGUUGUCAAAGCUCCAUUCCCACGGGUCUCAAAGGCAUUGAUAUUAAUUUAGGCAGCAUAUUCUUAAAUGGCGUAAGUUAUAUCACCAAUUGUAGCAAAGCUUUCUUGGUGGAAAAGGACACGUUUGUGUUUAAUGCUUCAUUCAUCGAUUCCUUCAAUGGAACUGGACUUAAGGUUGUGCUAGACUGGGCCAUUAGAAAUCAGACAUGCGAUGUGGCCAGAAUGUCCACUGAUUAUGCGUGUAGGGACAACACCUUGUGUGUUAACUCCACCAACGGCCCUGGCUACCGCUGCAGCUGCCUCCCAGGAUACCAAGGGAACCCUUACCUUCUUGCUGUUCCUAAUGGUUGCCAAGAUAUAAACGAGUGUGCUGGUGAUCAAACGACCAACAACUGCUCUAUGCUCUGUGUAAACACUCCCGGCAGCUACUACUGUUCAUGCCCACAUGGUUACCAGGGAGACGGUAAAAUCAAUGGUACAGGAUGCUCCAAAAAAUCCAAACAACUACAAAUUGUUCUCGGUUGUGUGUUCGGCUCCUUGGUCUUGCUUAUUGUUGGUAUUUGGUUAUCAUACUGGGCAAUAAGGAAUAGAAGGAUGAACAAGCUAAGAGAGAUGUUCUUCGAACAAAAUGGUGGAUUGCUCAUGCAACAACUGCUCUCUUCGCACAGCAUGGGAACCAAAUCCGCACGCAUCUUCACCGAAAAAGAACUAGAGCUUGCCACAGACAACUACAAUGAAAGCCGAGUCCUUGGCCAAGGAGGCUACGGUAUUGUUUACAAAGGAAUCCUCACAAGCAACCAAAUUGUGGCCAUCAAAAAGUCUAAAUUCAUGGAUAACAACAACCAAAUCAAUCAGAUGGACCAGUUCAUCAAUGAGGUGGUCAUUCUAUCACAAGUGAUCCACAAGAAUGUGGUGAAGAUCUUGGGUUGUUGCCUUGAGACACCAGUGCCAUUACUUGUCUAUGAGUAUGUCCCCGGUGGAACGCUUUACCAUCAUAUUCACGAAAGAAAGGGCUCACUUUCAUGGAGUAUUCGUUUGAAAAUUGCCACAGAAACUGCUGAUGCAUUGUCCUAUCUUCACUCUGCCACUGAAACACAAAUCUUGCACAGAGAUGUCAAGUCUGCAAACAUUCUUCUUGAUGACAACUACAUGGCCAAAGUAUCAGAUUUUGGAGCUUCAAGACUGAUACCACAAGAUGCAGACAACAAAACAACGAUGGUUCAGGGAACUCCCGGGUACUUGGAUCCAGAAUGUUACUCCUCUGGAAUUUUAACAGAGAAGAGUGAUGUCUAUAGCUUUGGAGUUGUCCUUGCUGAGCUUCUUACAGGAGAAAAGCCCAUUUCACAUGGAAGAAAACAGGAGGAGAAGAGCCUGGCCAUUUACUUCGUUCUAAGCGUGAAGAGAAACUCAAUGUUCGAUAUCUUAGAGCCUAGAGUGAAGACUGAGGCAAAACAAGAGCAAUUGCAGGGAAUGACUGAGUUGAUACAGGGAUGCCUUAAGAUGAAAGGGGAUGAGAGGCCAACAAUGAAGGCUGUGGCCUUGGAGCUUGAACGUUUGAAGAGCCAAGAUGUGGAUAGCCUGCAUGAAUGGCCAGUACUGAAUGAGUGUGGAGUGGAUGAGAGUGUGGUCGUUAAAACAAAAAGGUUUGUUAAAUGGAAAAGUUUAGAGGAUGAAAGCUUGCUCGGAAGAUCAAUUUCGUCUUGUGCUUCAUGUCAUGAGACAGGGAAUACAAGUGAUUUGCUGAUGGGUUCUAGUUCAACCAUGUUCUUAUCUAGUACUAGCAGCACCAUGGAUACUGAAAUCAUGCUGGCUGCACUGGGACCACGGAAGAAGUGAUUUUUUUUUUAUUACAUACAGCUAGUUAGCAAUUUUGGAGUCUCUCCUAUGUUUGAUGUUUUGGAUUUAGGACCACAUGCCCCAUGUUCUAAAUUAAUUAAGUUUUUACUUCUAAAAUGAAAAGGGUACU